AUGAACGCAGCAGCAAACAUACGAUAUCCAAAUGCGACGUAUGAGCAGGAUGUAUGGCAUGGAUGGCCUUGCUGGAUCUUCGACAGGUGGCAGGUAGCUCCAGGGUUGACGUUGCGCCUGGUGUCAACGCUGUUCAUAGCAUACGUGAUCGGCCAGUUGCUCUACAACUUGUACUUCCACCCGCUUCGAAAGUAUCCUGGUUCUUUCUGGGCAAGAGCAUCCUUGCUAUGGCGCUUCUACCAUUCCAUGGGCGGCCGCUUCCAUCUCGUCAUUGACAAAUGCCACAAACGAUAUGGUGACGUCUUCCGCGUAAGCCCCAACGAACUCUCAUUUGCUAGCGCCGGUGCCUGGCGAGCCAUCUACGGUCCUCGCUCCCAAGGAGGCGUCGCCAAAAUCCCCAAGAACGAGCUAUACGACAUGUUCGGUGCGGGCUUCGAAGUCGCCUCCGUGGGUGUCGAGAGGGAUCCACGUCUGGCGGCGCAGAAGCGAGAGCUAUUCGCCGCAGCAUUUUCAGCUAAAGGAUUGGCGCAACAGGAGGCAGUAAUCCGGAGGCAAGUCGAUGAGUGGGUACAGAAGCUAGGGCAGCUAGGCGAUACUGAGCAGGGCAUUGACAUGACCAAGUGGUUCAUUUAUCUGGGGUUCGAUCUGGUUGGAGAGAUGUCCUUCGGCGAGUCCUUUGGAUGCGUCCGGAGAGGAGCCUCGCAUGACUGGCUCGACCUAAUGCUUGGACACAUGUUGGUCAUUACGCUCAUGGAUAACCUGCGACGCAUCCCUCUAUGUCUCACGAUUGCUCGAUGUAUUCCUUCCAAGUGGACAGUCGGUAUCCGGGAUAAAAUGGUACGAUAUGCCAAGGAUAAGACUGCCGCUCGACUCCGAAACACAACCGAGCAACGAGACUUCCUGAACGCAGUCGUUGAAAAGGUCCGAAAAGGCGAAAUGUCCGAGGAGGAAAUGGCGGCCACCUCGUCAAACUUGGCAAUGGCCGGAGGCGAGACCACCGGCACCGUCAUGACCACAACCACCUACUACCUGCUCAAGAACCCGAGUGUGCACGAGACACUGAAAAAGGAGAUCCGCACGGCCUAUAAGAACUUUAGCGAUAUUGACUACGCAUCAGCCACGCAGUUGCCUUACCUGAUGGGGGUGCUCAAGGAGGUGAUGCGCAUCUUUCCUGUGGCUGCUCAGGGCGUCCCCCGCGAGUCACCUGGGGUGAUGGUUGAGAGACACUACGUUCCCAAAGGGACUGAGUUCUACGUCUCCCCGUGGACUACCAACCACGACGAGCGUUAUUGGAACAAGCCAUACGCUUUCAAGCCGGAGCGUUGGGUCGAUCCGGAGUGCAAGGACACCAAGGAGGCUAGUCAGCCGUUCUUGCUGGGACCGCGUGCUUGCCUCGGGAGGCUCUUCGCCUAUGCGCAGAUGUCCGUCCAACUUGCGAAGAUGGUCUAUGUGUAUGACAUGGAGCUCGUGGACCAAGACCUUGACUGGGAACAAUCCUGCCGGAUGCACUUUCUAUGGUGGAAGCCGGAGUUGUAUGUCCGAUUUCGGCGACGCGGGAUGCAAACCUAA